AUGGCUGCCAGGCUUCCGUAUGAAUGUCUUGAACUCAUACUCAACAACAUUCCGAAAGAUGAUAUUUCUACUCUUCAUUCUGCUCUUCUAGUAAAUAGGUCAUGGUGUAGUAUUGUAGUCAACAUUCUCUGGAAAUAUCCAUUUACGGUUUCAGCCGAUUUGCCUUCACAUUACAAGAUCAUCUCUGUGCUUUAUGAAUGCUUGUCUGAUGAGGCAAGAGCAUCUACUAAACUCGAUAUACCAUCAGAAAAGCAACGUCACACGUUCUCGUACCCUUGUCUUAUUAAGGAAUUGGAUUUUAAGAAGCUGUACGACUUAUCGUUGACAUGGAGGUGUGAUGUCGAAGAGGCUAGGAUACGGGCAUGGUAUCAAUUAGAUGUAAAAGAAAGGAUGAAGUCCAAGGUAUUACAAGUUCUUGAAUGUGGAUUGGAUGAUGCCGAGAAUUACAGGCGGUUGCGCCUGAGAAACAGAACAUCCGACAAUGAUUGGGAAUCUGACGAUGAGCGUAGCGCAGGAACUUCGACAGAAAUGAAGAUAGUUCUUUUGACAGUAGAGUUAUGCAAAUUGAUCGUGAGUCACGCUGAGAUAUCCAAUUUAAAGAUAACGACGAGGGGAUUACCUAGAGUCUGGUCUCUUGAUUACGAUGGUCAUCUAGCAGUUUCUACGUACCCAGGUGCUCAGAAGUGCUUUGCUAAACUGCGGGAGUUUACAUGUCACGGCGUAUUUCUUAAAGAUAAACUUGUCCUCCCUCUUUCUACGAUAUCUCAAAAUAUUACCAAGAUUGAUAUAGGAGAUCAACAUGUCAGCACCAUUAUCGAGCUGGAAAAAUUCAUACGUUCACAGCGUAGUCUACAGCAUUUCAUGUUCCAUGGAAAUUAUUGUGAUCUUUCUUCAGUUGUUCAAGCAUUAGGCGUCCACAAAAACACUCUCAAGCAUCUUGAAAUAAAUUCGGGAUAUUUUCGCAGUAGGCAUGCCUUCGCUGGUUUAUCAGAGUGUCAUAAUCUUGAAACUCUUCGGCUGAAACAAUGCUAUCUGCCUGAUUACCAUCUUAAGCCUCUUGCUGAAGGCGAACUGAGGAACCUUAGAUGUAUCGAACUAGAAGAUAUUCCCGAUGUAUGGAGCGAUAUUGACGAUGACGAGGAGGAUUUUGACCCGCCAAUCGAGCAGUUUAAGCGCUUGAUGAGUAGCAUUGGUGCACAAUUGGAAGAGGUGCGAAUUCCCGUCGACUUGUAUUAUUAUCCUGGACUGGUCCGUGCUACGGCUGCACAUUGCAGUAAUCUGAGAGUGUUUGCUGCCAAUAUCAAGACAGAUGAGCAUGUCGACGAGUUGUUGGAAUUGUUAAGGUCAUGUGACCGUCUGGAAGAAUUGUCACUUGAGAGAUUAGAUCUAAGCAAAUGGGAGAUUCCUUAUGAAGUGAUGGACGAAAUUUUAAAGCGGUUUCCAGAUGGACUGCAAUAUUUAGCGUGGCAUAGCUACGAUUUUUCACGGAAUCCAGAUAAAGUAAGGAAUAAAUACGCCGACAUGUUGCAGAGCAAAGGCUUUAUUGUCAAAAGUCUAAAAGCAGAUUCACAAAGGGAGGGAUCCAGAUGGGCCCGUCCUAUUUACAAAAUUGCCGUUGAAUUCGAGAAAUAA